UUUGAUCGAAGUCCCUUUCAAGGAAAUUCUGUUCGACUCCCGAAUUAAAUGGUCAUUUACUGAUUAUUUUAUUAUUUACGAGGGUGUUUAUUUAUUGAGUCGUUCAAAGACCCUCUGUAGGAUACAUCUGAUGCUAAGAGAUGUAAAGAAAAGAAAGUGAAAGUAAAUUAACCUGCAGACAGACUGAAGACAAACGUGCUACACUGCAGUCAUGUCAUCCUCCAGUGGUCGACUGACUGAGGAGCUUCAGUGCUCGCUAUGUCUGGAUGUGUUCACUGAUCCAGUCAGCACUCCAUGUGGACACAACUUCUGCAAGACCUGUCUGAAUAAGUGCUGGGACAACAGCCAGACCUGCAGCUGUCCUUACUGUAAUGAAAUAUUCAAACAAAGACCUGAUCUCAAGAUUAAUACCACACUCCGAGAGCUCGUAGAUCAUUAUAAAAAGAAAACACCUAAGAAAAAACCUGAAGUUCUGUGUGACAUCUGUGAGGAAAAAAAGCUGAAAGCUCUUAAGUCGUGUGUGGUGUGUCAGAGCUCUUACUGUGAAACUCAUCUGGAGCGUCAUUUGAGAGUGGCAGGUUUAAUGAAACACAAACUGAUGGAGCCUGUGAGUAAUCUGGAGGACUAUAUAUGUCAGACACAUGAGAGACCUCUGGAGCUGUUCUGUAGAGAUGAUCGGACAUGUGUGUGUCCGAUGUGUGCUCUGACAGACCACAAGAACCACAAGACUGUUCCUCUAGAAGAGGAGAGUGAAGAGAAGAAGACUCAAUUGAUGAAAACACAGAAAGAUGUGCAGCAGAUGAUUCAGGAGAGAAUCAAGAAGAUUCAAGACAUGAAACUCUCAGCAGAAGUUAGAAAGAGAAACACAGAGAUGGAGAGAGCAGCCUCUGUUGAGCUCUUCACUGAUCUCAUCCGCUCCAUUGAAAGAUGUCAGACUGAACUGCUGGAGAUGAUGGAGGAGCAGCAGAAAGCAGCAGAGAAACAGGAGGAAGAUCUCAUUGAAGAGCUGGAGCAGGAGAUCACAAAGCUAAAGAUGAGAAACACUGAGCUGGAGCAGAUCUUACACACUGAAGAUCACCUCCACCUCCUACAGAGUUACUCAUCCCUGUGCAGCCCUACAAACACCAGGAACUGGCCUGAGAUCAGUAUGAAGACUCAUGUGAGUCUGAGGAGUGCUUUGACUCAACUGCAGCACACUCUAGAUGAGAAACUCACAAAAACUGAGCUGAAGAGGAUGCAGUAUGCAGAGAGCAGAUCCCCUAUUCCUUCAGGGCACAAUAGCAGCAGGGCUGCAGACUCGCUUGUGAAAAACUCCAAACUGUCUACCGCCACACCUGAGUUUAUCCCGGGCUGUUAUGCAUCGUUCCAGGAUGAUAUAUAUUCCGAUGGAUCUGAAGGAUACUAUGCUGAGCCCUCAUUGGCUGAUUUAAUUCAGGAUUUCGUAAGCCAUCUGAACUCCUCUCCAGGGUCCUUUGAGUCAGAAAUCGAUUAUAUUACAGAUACGCUGAACAGCUAUGUCACUACAGAGGAGAUUCUGCAGGAGCUGGUAAAGCUCAUCUACAUACAGUCCACGUCUAUCCCUAACUUUGCCUACACGGGAGCGCGGCUCUGUAACCAUCUGUCUCAUCACAUCAGUAUCAGUCCAGCCAGCGGUAACUUCAGACAGCUUCUGCUGAAGAGGUGUCAAGCUGAGUAUGAGCAGAGGGAGCAGGCCGUGAGAGGAGAUCCAGACACCCAGAAAAGGUUUCACUCGUAUGUGCUGUUUCUGGGGGAGCUUUACCUUAACCUGGAGAUAAAAAGUGGAAAGGACACCCCCGGGCGAGCUAAUGUCUUACUAGGAGGGCUAAAGGAUCUUUUGAAUGCGUUAUUCUCUCACCCGGAUGACCCCAACCUAAUGUGUGCGGUCAAAUUACUCAAGCUGAGUGGUUCCAUUCUGGAAGACACAUGGAAGGAGAAAGGCCAGUCAGACAUGGAUGAGGUAAUCAAGAAGAUUGAAGACAUUGUGCUGGAGGCCAAAUGUAGCCGAGAUGUCAAGCAGAUGCUGUUGAAACUGGUGGAGCUGCGGUCCAGUAACUGGGGUCGAGUUCACACAGCCGCUGUGAGCAGUGACGCUACACCUGACAAUGACCCCAACUACUUUAUGAAUGAACCAACCUUCUACACAGCAGAUGGGACGCCUUUCACAGCAGCGGAUCCUGAAUACUCAGAGAAAUAUCAGGAGAUUCUAGACAGAGAAGACUAUUUCCCUGAUGCAUAUGAAGAGAAUGGAAGUGAUUCUUACUUCAGUGAUGAAGAUGAAAUGGAUCCGGAGAUCGAGGAGGCGUUUGAGAAGUUUUGCAUGGAGUUGGACGCAAGAAGAAAGAAAUGAGAGACUGUGAGAUGGUCAUGUUGACACCACACCCGACCAGCUGGAAUGUUUCAGAGCGGGAAAAACCAAGAAUGUUUCGGUUGAUUUUCGUUUGAUUUCUCAACAAGCACUUCUUGGCUACAAUGUCGCUGGAUUUAAUGGCUGGGAUUACUGUUACUUUGGGUUGUGAGGUUUAUUUUAUGUGUGUUCUGAUUUGUCAAAAAAGUGUUCAGUGAGAUUUUAAUAUGAGCCGAAGAGUAGCAUCAUCACGUUUAACUGUGGUUGUUUACAAACUACAGGGAUUAAAGUUCUCCGUCGCUACGAUGGAUUUCAGUGAAUUGCAGGGUUCCCGCCUGUCUUUAAUGUCUCAAAUUCACUUUUCAUCAUUUUAAGGCCGUAAAUAGGCUUACAUUUCUCAAACAGUGUAAUAAAUGUCUUAAUUUUAGCUUGAAUAGGUCUUAAAUUAGGGAAAGAUGAGGUGUAUUCUAUGGAAUGAUUUUCCGGACUAUUUUCAAAAGCGAAUGAGGAUUACGUCACAGUCUUUUCACUCCGCGUUGCAUUUCGGGAAGGCGCCGCCAUCUUAGCAGGAUACGCUGUCCCGUGAAUCGUUCAACCGCGAUUCGUGUAUCGUUACACCCUAAUAUAUAUAUAUAUAUAUAUAUAUAUAUAUAUAUAUAUAUAUAUAUAUAUAUAUAUAUAUAUAUAUUAAUUAACAGUUUUAAUCCGUUAUGGAGCACACCUCCCGUGGGCCGUGGCACCAAAGCAUUGCACAUGUCUCAAGAUCUCUCACUGUGUACAGCCCCCGACACUGCGAUUGAUGCACAUGAUUUUUAAUAUUGAUUCACUAUUAUGGGGUGUGCUCCAAAUUGUGAAUAUGAAUGGGAAUAUAUUUCAGAUAUAUUUUACUCAUAAGAAUUUCUAGGGGUACCAGUAAUUGUGUCCAACUUGUAUUUGAGAAAAAACAUUUAUUUCAUAAAUAAUGAUAUUUCAUGAUAUUGCCCCCCAUUUUAAAUUCUUAUUCUCCAAUGAAAGUUUAGAUUUUUGUGAUUUUUAUUUUUAUUUUUUAAUAAAAGAUCAAAAGGAUUAACAAUGCACAUUUAUUUUCACAGCCUUCUUUGAUCAUAUUUACCAAGGAUAUCAACAAUUCUGACCACGUGUGUAUGUCGAGCGCACUCUCAGAACAGCUCUUUGUGUGUUACAGCAGUCAUACUAAAGGUCUACCAGUAUCGAAACAGAGGCUAUCUCAUUGGAUCGUGGAUGUGAUAGCCCUGGCUUAUGACACACAGAAUACAAAUUGCCCCAUCGGGGUGUACACCCAUGCCACGAGGAGCAUUGCUUCCUCCUGGGCAUGGGCAAGGGGUAUAUCUAUGCAGGAAAUACAAAAAAAAUCCCACCUUUGGCCAGGUUUUAUAAUUUGGACGUUUCUUCGCUAGCUUUCGGGUCCUUUCAGUUCAGGAAAGCUAAGCGAGAUAAGAUCUCUUACUAUUACCACUGCUAUUACUUGGCUGUUGUGGUUGACAUUCUACGGCAGCAAUAGUAGGCCCCUCCCCCUUGCUCACGGUGUGGGUUUCCACUAGGUCCGAUAGACUCUUGUAUGUCAGAUUAUGAUGGCGCCGUCUGCGCUUUCAUCUCUAAAAUUCUCACCAUGGUUAUUGUUGUCAAGCCUCGUAUGUUAUUCUCUGAAGCACCAAGUCGGUCGCUCGCUGCAUUAAUGCAAUGUAUCAUAUAUCACCGGCUGUGUAGCCCUUUAACUCACAUUGCUUAAUUCCAGGACACGCUAUCGGAAUGUGCGGUUUUAAUAAAUGUGUGUUUUUUUUUUCAUAGGACUCGCAAUGCACUGUGCCACUUGUAAUAUUAUAUCAAUGUGGUUCUCAUUUUAGUAAGUGCUCACUGCCACCGCUUCUAUCAUUCUAUAGAUAGUAUAAUCAAACACCACUAAUAAUUUGCUGACUGACUGGUUGAGCAGAGAAACACAGAGAUGGAGAGAGCAGCCUCUGUUGAGCUCUUCACUGAUCUCAUCCGCUCCAUUGAAAGAUGUCAGACUGAACUGCUGGAGAUGAUGGAGGAG